UAAAAACUCCGACCUGGGGGAGGAAAGCAUACAGAGACAGCUUGUCCCCAGCCCUGGAGACAGAGGGCGCCUCUGUUUGCUAGCUGGCCGCUUGCCCCAAUGGUCGUCAGCCCGAUAAGGGGGUGGAGCUAGGAGUAGGAGGGGGUGUCCAGAGUGGGGAGAAGGACGCCUGAAGUGAGAUCUCCCCACUCAGGCUCUGGCCACAGGACACGCAGCUUCAUUCCUGUCAUCUGCUCCCCCUUCUGCCCCGAACCUACCCAGUGAAAAAUUGAAACGUCUGAGAGGAUUUUUGCCCUGCUUUCUCUGCGGUGUAUUGCAGCCAUGGGCUCGGAGCUGGAAACUGCCAUGGAAUCCCUCAUCAAUGUGUUCCACGCCCACUCUGGCAAGGAAGGGGAUAAGUAUAAACUGAGCAAGAAGGAGCUGAAGGAGCUACUGCAAGCGGAACUUUCUGGCUUCCUGGAUACCCAGAAGGAUGCCGAUGCAGUGGACAAGGUGAUGAAGGAAUUGGAUGAGAACGGUGAUGGUGAAGUUGACUUCCAGGAGUACGUGGUGCUGGUGGCUGCACUCACUGUGGCCUGCAACAACUUCUUCUGGGAGAAUAGUUGAGCAAGCAGCCUAGCCCUGGCCAGCACCAAUAAGCCCUUUCCCUUGUUCCCAUCAUCUCUCUCCACAUGGCCCUCCCUCUAACCCUCAGACUCCCCCAAUUCAUGUCCCAGGCUCGGCCAUAGCAUUUGAGGUGUACUGCUCCAUUAUUCAUUAAAGGCUCCUCUCCCAAUA